GAGGUUGCAUCACCGUUUCUAAUUGAAUUGUAUAUUCCUAUUGAAUGGAUAGGCCAAUUACCAUUAUUUAAUAGCUUAUCAUUAUAUGACACUUCACAUUUGUAUGUUUCUUGUAAGUAGGGAUAAAACAAAGUAUGUAAUGUAGAGUGAAAAUGUAUUCAUUCCUAUAAAACAACUUUGAUCUCCACAAAUAUAUUUAUUACUAUUAUUUUGUUCAGUCCAAAUUAUCACUUUUUUGAUCAGGGCUAACGUACACUUGUAGCAUCAGUGAAAUUUAUUUCCUUGCAGUUGAUGAUACACACCUUUUAAUACAGUAACACAAAACACAAACUUAAGGACUUACUUUAGGCCUACACUUUUUAAAUUUACAGAACUGUAACGUACUUCGAAAGAAUGUUUGUUGCCAAAUGCUUGAACGUUCACUUUAAGUUCUGAAAAGACUGUUCACGUGCUAACAUAGUUAGUAUAUUUAUCAUAGAUAUUUUAUACAUGUGCGGUGUAUAAAAAUAAAAAUAAAGAUAAUACUUUUUAAAAUAUUUCACAAACCUUUCCUUUCCUCUGAGUUUUGUUCAUUAUGUCCAGAAAAUUUACUGGUUUACCACAAUUUGCUGUAAAUAAAAUACAAAUAAUUUCGGUAAAAUAAAGUGCAAGUUUCCACUAAACAUAAGUGGGAGAAAGUGCUGACGUAUUUUUCUUUUAUAUUUACCCUUUUACAGUGUAUGUAUGUACCUAAAUAUGUCCGCCUUGCUGAGAUUCAAAUGUCGCUGGUCGUUCGUUCGUUCGUUCGUUCUGUCUGUCUCAACCGCCUCAACCCGGUCUAAACGUGACAAUUACGUAAUACGUAACGUUCGGGCGCACGCCAUCAUGUCAUUGGCUGAUUUGUAUUCAAAAUUUGACCGGGAAAUUUGGUUCGAUUUUGCAGCGAUAAGUAAAGGAGAAUUUAGAAAUUAUUAUCCAGCCAAAAUAUGAAUCGCAACAAAAGGAAGUACAAAACAUACUUAAGCAACGAUGACCCUGAACCAAGGGUAACCAAGUAUUUACGAACAAAAAAGGUAGGUAUUUUUAUUAUUAUUAUUAUUAUUAUCAUCAUCAUCAUUAUUUUUUAUUAAUUAUAUUAUCAGGUUAUUGUUAUUAUUUUGUAGAUGCUGAUGUACGUUGCUAUUUUUUAUUUAUUAUUAUUAUCAUUAGAAGGCUAAAGGCUUUUACUUGAUAUUAAAGUAGGUAUACAGUUUAAAGUAGGUAUAAAGUAGUAGGUAUAGGUAUAAAGUAGGAGUCUGACUAACAUCUCAUUUAACAGGUUUCAAAUAGAAUGGCCUAUAAAAUUUUCCUACAAAAAGAGAACAUAUGUCCUGACUCUUUCUGCACACAGUCAAAGACAACCUUACUUGAGCAUGCAAGCAAUGAGGGGAAUUUCUCCCAGUCUGAUACCCGGGAACAGCAAGAGAGAUCGAACAUCUGCACAUCACAGACAACCUUACUUGAGCAUGCAAGCAAUGAGGGGAAUUUCUCCCAGUCUGAUACGUGGGAACAGCAAGAGAGAUCAAACAUCUGCACAUCACAGACAACCUUAAUUGAGCAUGCAAGCAAUGAGGGGAAUUUCUCCCAGUCUGAUACCCGGGAACAGCAAGAGAGAUCGAACAUCUGCACAUCACAGACAACCUUACUUGAGCAUGCAAGCAAUGAGGGGAAUUUCUCCCAGUCUGAUACGUGGGAACAGCAAGAGAGAUCAAACAUCUGCACAUCACAGGAGCCGCAUGAUGGUGAUGAGUUGCUGUAUCCUGGAUCAUCUCUUACCAAAGGCCAGAGUUUGCUGCUGUUGAUGUCAUAUGUGUUGCGACAUAAUCUAACAGGAGUUGCCUUACAACAUCUCUUAAAAGUGUUUAAUGAACAUUUUCCAGGAUUGGUACCAGAAACUGUAUACCUGUUUAACAAAUGCUAUGGUGAGUUUGGACAUUACGAGCCUCAUUUUUACUGUGUGUCAUGUUGUAACUACUUGGGAACAAGAGAGAAAAGCCCACUGAAUUGUGGUGUCUGUCAUGCAACAUUUCAGGCAGAUGAUAAUAUGAAAAAUGGCUCUUUUUUUCUAGCAUUGAGCUUGUCAUCACAGCUCAAAGACAUUCUUGAAAAUCCAAAUGUAACAUUGUCAAGGCAGACUACAUCUGAGAAAGAUGUUCUAAAUGACAUACAGUGUGGAGCUGAAUAUAUAAAAUGUCAAUUAGGUGAAUAUGACAUUAGCUUACUGUGGAAUUGUGAUGGAAUUCCUGUUUUCAAAAGCUCAAAGUAUCAGGUGUGGCCCAUUCAAUGUCAAGUGAUUGAACUACAACCAAAGGACAGAAAAAACAAUAUCUGUGUGCCAUGCAUUUGGUUCGGGGAAAGGAAACCUAUAAUGUCUGUUUUGCUAACCCCUUUUGUAAAUGAGCUGUGUUCUUUAGAGAGGGACGGAUUAAUCUGGAAAGACUCAAGAAAUGUUGAGCAAAUUUCAAAGGUGUAUGCACUUAUUUGUAGCUCAGACUCAGUUGCCCGCCCACUCCUAAGAAACUCAAAACAGUUCAAUGGACAAUAUGGGUGUGAUUUCUGUUAUCACAUUGGUGGAGGUCCUUAUCCAUAUCGAAGACCAGAGCCGCUUCUCAGAUCUGAAACAGAACAUUAUGACCAUGCUAUGGCAGCUACCGUACAACUUCCAGUCAAGGGUGUUAAAGGCCCAUCCGAAAUAAUGAGAUUAGAAAAGUUUCAGAUGAUUAAUGGCUUUGUCCCAGAAUAUCAGCAUAGUGUUUGUCUUGGUGUCACUCGACAACUGGCAACUCUGUGGCUGGACUCCACCAAUCACAACAAAGAGUGGUACAUAGGCACGAAAGCAGACAUAAUUGACCAAGAACUGCUGAAUAUAAAACCUCCAGUAGAGAUAACAAGAACACCCAGGUCAUUAAAAGACAGGAAAUAUUGGAAAGCAUCAGAAUGGCGGUCAUUUCUUCUUUUCUAUUCUUUGCCCAUUCUUAAUGGUGUUCUAAUGAAGAAAUAUUGGAACCACCUUUUUCUUUUAGUAUUUGCUUUGCAUAUACUUCUUCAACAGCAGGUGAAAAUCUGUGAAGUCAGUGUAGCGGAAAUAGCACUGAAGAAGUUUGUGAUCCAGUUUGAGAUGCUGUAUGGUAUUAAGAAUGUGUCAUUCAAUGUACAUCUGUUGACACAUCUUGCAGAAAGUGUUAGGAACUGGGGUCCUUUGUGGGCAACAUCAACAUUUUCAUUUGAAUCUUUCAAUGGUACUUUAUUAAAGUACUUCAGUGGUACUACGCAUGUUCCUGUUCAAAUAGUGAAGACAUUCCUUAGGUGGAAGAGUCUGCGAAAAAGGGUGGAAAAAUGUGUAGUCAACACAAACGAUAAACUAAAAGAACUCUUCUCCCAAAUUCAAAAUAGUAAUUCCAUGAGUUGUAAAGCAAAAAAUCUGACUGGAAAUGUCACAGUGUUUGGUCCUCUUCAUGACACUGUAUGUGCAUCACACAUCUUUGCCGUUGAAGAAUUGAAUGGUGGUAUAGUAUGUAACUGUUCAUCCUACAGUCGUUUCCUAAUUGGUGAGACACUCUAUCACGCAGAAGGUUACAGCAGAUUACAGAAACGAAAUAAUUCUAUUGCAGAAUUAAAAGAUGGGACGUUAUGUAAAGUCUUGAGCUUCGUUUCUUAUGAAACUGAAAGGAACAGUGCCUCAGACACAGAUGAAAAAAAUUGCUGUGUAGUCGUGCAGAAGCUUGUGAAGUCAAGAAGACCGUUGUGUAGGGACAUUCAACUGAAUAUUUCAUCCAAAUUUGUGUAUGAGGUGUCUGAAACCAAUUAUGUCUAUGCUGUGAAAACUGACUCAUUUAAAAGAAAAUGUGUAAUGGUAAAAUUACAGGACAGUACAUUUGUCAUACCUCUCCCAAAUAAUGUAGAAAGGGACUGAAUGGUGUGAUUAGAAUAUAAUACAAUCUAGUUCUACACCAUCUGAAAUAUGAUUUUGUAGAUUUGUAAAUGUGCUUCAAGCUAAAUGCUUUCUCUGACUGUAUAGAAAUGUUACAACAAUCCAUUGUAUAACUGUUCUUUAAAUGUAAAGUCUUGAGCUUAAUUUCUUAUUAAACUGAAAGGAACAGUGCCUCAGACAGGGAUAGUGGAAAGAAUUGCUGUGUAAUUGAACAGAAGCUUGUGAAGUCAAGAAGACCUUUGUGUAGGGGAAUUCAAUUGAAUAUUUCAUCCAAAUUUGUGUAUGAGGUGUCUGAAACCAAUUAUGUGUGAUGUAUGCUAUGUAUGCUGUGAACUCUGACUCAUUUAAAAGAAAAUGUGUAAUGGUAAAAUUACAGGACAGUACAUUUGUCAUACCUCUCCCAAAUAAUGAAUGGGACUGAAUGAUGUGAUUAGAAUACAAUACAAUCUAUUUCUACACCAUCUGUAACAUGCUUUUGUAUAUUUGUAAAUGUGCUUUAAGCUAAAUGCUUUUUUGGACUGUAAAUUUUAUAACAAUCCUUUGUAUAAAAUACUUUGUCGUUUAAAUACUCAAUGUAAUCAAUAAUUAUUUUGUACACAUGUGAAAUAAAACACAUUUCUAAUACAUACUGUACUCCACUCUCAUAAAUGACACUCCUUUAAAAAAAAAAAAAAAAUACUGCAUUGACUCUCUUGUAAAUAGGGUCAUAGAACAGAAACAAAAGAUGAUAAUUUUAACAAUAAUUCCAAUUAAGAACACUUAUUGUAAAAUAGUUUAACAUAUUUAUUAGCCCAAAGUUUAACUAUCAAAACAAUCAAUCUUUAAACAAGUUGUACAUACGAUAAAGAUCAUUUAAGUUUAAUUUAACCGAGUGCACUUUCUAAUGUUUUUUAAACACACUUAAGUAAAUUUUUUAAAUGCACUUUGUGUUAUAAUUGAGUUUUACUUAUACAUUUUUAAUAAAUCAAGUUUUACUUAACAUAAAUCAUUGUUUUUGUUGUACUUCAAGAAGAAAACUGAUACUUGUAG